AUGUUCCAGGAGCCGGAAGGGUUUUUCCCCGAAGAGAAACAACCGACAAAGGCUUCGUAUCAAAUGAUGAAUGGAACAAAACUGGAGCUGCGCAUGGUCGGAUUUAAUGCUCUCUGGGGACAUCACCUUUGGCAGGGCGCCCGUCGAGUAUCGAGAUAUCUAGAAGAACACCUAGCUACAUUUCUGCCAGGCAAAGCAGUGUUGGAGCUUGGUGCUGGUGCGGGUCUGCCGAGUCUCGUCUGUGCAAAGCUCGGGGCGAAGGCCGUCAUUGUCACCGACUACCCGGACGCCGACCUUGUGGAGAACCUCGCGUUAAACGUGAAAACACUGUCGGAGUCGGGUCUCCCUGGGACAUUGCAUGCGGAGGGUUUCCUCUGGGGUGCUGAUCCAAGCUCGCUACUUGCACAUAUUCCUCAAGCAACGGGGGACGUGAAUGACCGCGCGUUCGAUAUGGUUCUGUUGGCAGACCUCCUCUUCAACCAUUCGGAGCAUCACGCGCUGCUCAAAACGGUCCAAUCGACGCUUCGGCGCGGCGAGGGCGCCAGGGCGCUAGUAUUUUUCAGUCCGUAUCGACCGUGGCUGCUGCAGAAAGAUUUGGCGUUCUUCGAGCUCGCAAAGCAGGGUGGGUUGAAGGUUACUAAAGUAGGGGAGUGGGUGGAAGAGAAGGUUAUGUUCGAGGAGGAUCGAGGUGAUGAGCUGCUCCGGCGAACCGUAUUCGGCUACGAACUUUCUUGGGACGACGUGCUUCCACAAUCAUCGUGA